AUGCUACUAUGCCACUCUGCCACUCGAGUGUUUCGAUUCGGGCAACAUUUCCCGGGGCGCAGCUUGGUUGCCGCCACGAGGGCUCCCAGGCGGCCCAGCAGCGGCCAAAGCCCUUGUGCUCGGGGGAGGAGGAGGAGCUGUGCAGUGCUCUCGCCCACCACCCGCACCCGCACCAGCUUACAGCUGCCACUGGAAGUGUUGCCCCUCCUGGCCCUGCCACCACCUUCGCUCCCGCUCUUCCUUUCUCCCUCUUCCCCUCUCGACUCCUCGAGCCCUGCAUUGGUUCCACCUUCUGCCCACCCCACAUCAUCCAACUUCCCAGCCCACAGCCCAAUCCCGGCCUGUCUCUGUACUUGUGGCAACCGUCCUGACGCUCAUCACGCACACCGCGCACACCACAUACACCCCCAGUGCUUCAUCAUGCUCAUUUAUCCCCCGCUACCACUACCACUUAGCCCCCCCGCCCAGGUCCGGGCUACGCUAACUGAUACUUGGUGUCGCUAG